AUGGCUGGUAAACACUUGAGCCUCCUUCUGGCCCUGGGUUCGCUUGCCGUCGGCAGUGCGCAGUCCAACCAGGGCUGCCGGUGUUUCCCUGGCGAUGAAUGCUGGCCGUCGGCGAACGUCUGGGAUCAAUUCAACCAGACCGUUGAUGGACGUUUGAUUGCCACGACCCCUCUCGCCACCCCGUGCCAUGCUCCAAACUAUGAUGCUGCAAUUUGUGACAAACUACGAGACCAAUGGACAGACCCGGAGCUGCACUAUACUACUUCGUCGUCAAUUAUGCAAUCGUUUUUCACCAAUGGCACCUGUGACCCUUUCCAUGCGGCGUCGAAGCCGUGUACUCUGGGUACCAUGGUCAACUAUGCGGUGAACGUGAGCAAGCCAGAACAUGUCAUGGAAACGAUGCAUUUCGUGAAGAAGCACAACAUCCGUCUGGUUAUUCGCAACACUGGCCACAGCUAUUAUGGAGGUUCCACCGGCGCAGGAGCCGUAGCCAUCUGGACGCAUAACCUCAAAGACAUCGAGGUGCUGCGCAACUACAAGAGCGCUGCGUACUCCGGACCUGCAUUGAAGAUGGGCGCUGGAGUGCAGGGGUUCGAGGCGUACAACUUCGCGCACGACAACAAGCUCGAUGUCAUCGGUGGUGAGUGUGAGUCUGUUGGUAUCGCAGGCGGAUACACACAGGGCGGCGGCCAUUCGGCGCUGGCGUCGCGGUAUGGUUUGGGAGCAGACCAGACGCUCGAAUGGGAGGUCAUCGAUGGCCAGGGACGGUUCCUCGUUGCCCGACCCGACAAUGAGAACGCAGAUCUGUACUGGGCGUUGAGCGGUGGUGGAGGCGGCACCUAUGGGGUUGUCUGGUCUCUGACAGCGAAAGCGCACCCAGCAGUCCCAGUCUCAGGGUUCAACCUGACGAUUAACACGACGGACAACAAAGACAUGUCAACAGAGACCUUUGACCACAUCGUGGAGCUGUACAAUCAGUUCGUGCCGAGUCUAGUCGAUGCGGGAAUCAUGAGCCUCUUGUUCUUGUUUAACAGCUCGUUCGCUCUCACCCCCGUAACGGCGCCCAACAUCCCCGUGGCCAAGCUGGUGCAAAUGAUGAAGCCGUUAACCAACGCCCUAGACAAGGAAGGCGUGCACUACACCUCCAGCGCGCAGCAAUUCGACACCUACCUGGACUUGUACCGCAACAUGAUGCCCGUCUUCAAAGUAGCCGUCGACCAGUUCGGCGGGUACCUCAUCCCUCGAUCUGUGGUUGAAGACAAGAAGCAGCCCGGCAGCAACAAGGCCCUAACAAAGGCCUUCCGACACAUGCUUAACGACGGCGGGUCAAUAGCCCUCGUGGGGCUGAACGUAUCGCGCGAGACUUCAGGCCCGGACAGCCCGAACGCCGUGCUUCCCGCCUGGCGAGACACGAUCUACCACGCUCUGCUCCAGAAACCGUGGGAUAAUAACCCCGCUGCGCUGCCCAGGAUGCUCAAGGACCAGCGCACGAUGACGGACGAGUACGUCGCGCCUCUGCAGAGACUUGCGCCGGAGUCGGGGGCGUAUCUCAACGAGGCGGAUUUCAGGCAGAAGGAUUUUAAAAAGGUUUUCUUCGGGGCGAACUAUGACAAGUUGAAGACGAUCAAGGGUGUUUAUGAUCCGUAUGAUCUGUUUUAUGUUCUUAAGGGUGUUGGAUCGGAUGAGUGGACUCAGUUGCACGACGGGAGGUUAUGCAAGGCUUAA